AUGUCUGAAGUACCUCUUGAGUAUGUAGACAAUGCGUUAAAAGUAUUUUAUCAGUGUGAUUUAGUGAAAAAUGAUUCAUCCUUUGAACAACAAGCCAGAUGUGUUUUAUCCACCGUCGUCUCAUUUUGGUGUGGAUAUAUUCUACCUAUAUUUGGUUUCAUUACUGUAAUAACAAACUUAUAUAUCGGAUUUUAUGCUAUUUUAAGGGCACGUAAGGUGCCUAGACAAAUAAUUUAUAUUUCCGGAAUAUGCUUGUCAAGUGCAAUAGCCAAUAUUAUGUUUGUAUGGUUAUGGCAGUUUCCAGUGCGUGGUUUACCUUUUGUAUCACAUGGAACUAUAUUUUUUUCAAUAUUGAAUAUAUCACCAACAGCUUGUCGCCUUCAGCGUUAUUUGUAUGCAUUCAGUGCAACAAUGAUGUGUAAUAUGCAUGUAUGUGCUUCAUUAGACAGAUGCUUACUCGUAUACAUUCCAACCAAAAUGAAACGUUUACCAAACUUAUAUGGAUGGUAUAUUCACAUUGGUGUAUUAUUAUUAAGUGGAGUAAUGAUGAUCCCGUUUAUAAUGGGAGUUGACUGGCGUCUGGUUGGCGGACGUAUUCUCUGCUGGGUAGAUUUAAGUGAUCAGUAUGUACAAGGUUAUCACACAUUAUUUUCAAAUUUAGGACUUAUUCAAACAAUCUUCUUAUUAGUAAUUGAUUUAUCAUUUUUAUUAAAAGUACGUCAACAACUACGUAAGCAUUCAUUAACUAAAUUGAAUUCAACUGACAGAAAGCAUAUCCGACGUUCAGUGCUCUUAUUUGCAUCAUCGAUUUCUUUUAGUAUUAUGGCAUUAUGUCAAGCGGUGUUCUAUUCCAUGGCACGAUUCAGUUCGACAGCCGUUGGACAAACUGGUGUUGAUUAUGAUAUAGGGGAUUUUUUCUGGUAUUUGAAUUCCGUACGAGAAUUAUUGGAUAUAUAUAUUUAUUUCAAGUGUUUUAAAUUACUUCGUGACAGUUUAUUGUGUACUCCUCGAAGGUUAUCUAAAGGAUCGUUGUCUAGAUCUGAUCAAUCACGAAUUUCUGGAAGCUAG